UCGAUUCAAGGAUAGAAUUGUUUAUUAAGUAAUUAUAAAUUAAAAAAUGUAAACAAUAAGCGAUAACUGUAUUAUGAAGAAUAGUGCCAAACCGAUCUUAGUAGCCGUUUUAUUUCUAAUUUUUAGUUGUACGUUAUAUUUAAGUUAUCGGAUUUCUUUGUUGGAAGACUUUCAGUCGACAUUCGAGAGCGAUUUGGAGAAUUGGUUAAAAGAAUAUCAACUCGAUCAUCUCGUUCCUUUAAUUAAAGAAAGAGGCAUUUCCCUGUUUACUCAACCCGAGGAACUUCCAGAGUUGCCGGCUCUCGACGAGCAGCGGUUACGGGAAGCUGCGGCAGCGUUGCAACAGCGCCUGGUUCUACGUCACUGGUUGACCAGGCACGGGCUGCAAUCCUAUUUGCAGAGGUUGCUGUCGGUGGGCGUGGCCAGGUUGGAGGAUGCCUAUUGGCUGGAGGACAGUAAAGCUAAACAAGUUUUCAACAAAGAUAUAACAGAAUGGUCAGCGGCCCGACAUUCUUUGCCUACUUCCAAGCCUCAACUAGAUAGCCUUAUAGCAGAUCUAUGGUCAGAAGUAGUGAAAAGUAGCAACCAUCAAGACGCAUGGACAUGGGGUGGAAUGCUCGUGGUUUCAUUUUCUGUCGCCGGACUAGUAACCUUAGCAGCCAUGACACAGCCAUCUUUAGCGCCAGAGGCCAAACAUACGUUGCUGCAAUACGUCACUGGCAAAUAUCUUCAUCCAUCAAAUUGUAAAAUAAAUUUUCAAUGGAACAUGCCUCAUCCCGUUGGCCAGACAGUCUGUUUUUCUGUAAAUUUUUAUCAACGCAAUGGACAGCCUUAUCCAAUCUGUGAUACUGACAAUUUUGUUGUAGAUAUUUCGGGGGGCACAAGAAAGUUGAAUGUUAUUACCGAAUUAGGAUCUCCAACUGACCCAAAUAGUGCUAAUGUAGCUAAAGUCAAGUUUACCGUCCGUCAUGCCGGCCAAUACAAAAUAUCCGUUAUGGUUAGCAGUCAACACGUAGCUGGUAGUCCUUUUUCUACCAUUUUUGUAGCGGGACCCGCAUUCGCACAAAGGACAGUGGUGAUACGCCACUGCAGCACUGUAGUUUGUACAGCCAGUGUCGCACAUUUGCUCUAUAUCGAACCCAGGGACGAGUAUGGCAAUAUUUGUAAAUACGAUCUCGACAGCAAACCUACUGAGGGUUAUAGUGUUCAUAUAAUACCGUUGGGUUUAAGUUCGCGUGAAAAUAUACUAGAAAUAGAUGAAGAAAGGCAUACGACGACUAUGGACUACGAUUGGGCUAGCCACAGAGUCAGUGUGCAGUUAAAAUUUAUAAAAGAAGGAUGUUACCACGCUACGAUAAAAUACAAGGGUACAGAAUUGCACAAUGGAGAUUUUGAUAUUAUUGUUUUAAAUAGUAUUGAUUCAACUUUAGUACAAAAGAAUGUAGCGACCAAGAACCAUAACAUCUGUUACGACGCCAAGCUGAUCGGCAUCAAAGGCGAAAGAGUGACGAAACCAAAGAAGGUUAUGUGUUAUGUCUCCCCCAAACAGCUCAUCGUUAAGGAAUUGAUAUUAAAAUUUAUACCUAAGCGGUUAUUCACGUUUAGAUUAUGUCCUUCUACAAAGUUUAUAUUUCAGUCGGAAACACUGAAACUAAACGACAGUGGAGACUCCUUCAUUAUCGACGACGGUUGUCAGCCUAAAGUCGAGCUAAUAUCCAAAGAAAAAAACGUCAUAGCCGCAACAUUCGCACAAUUUUUACUUAAAAAUAUGGGAGGAUCGGAAACAUUUAAGGAUAAGCAAGAUUUCUUCUAUCAUGAAGUGAGAAAAUACCAUCAGAAACAUUAUCACGAAAAGUUGGCCAUGAAAGUAACGAGAGAAAAAUUACUGGACAGUAGUAUAAAAGCUACAAAGAAUUUUUCUGUGUCGGAUUGGUGUAAAAAUUUUGAAAUUACAUUUCAGGGAGAACAAGGCAUCGACUGGGGAGGACUUCGCCGAGAAUGGUUUGAAUUAAUCUGCGCACAGCUCUUCGACGCUAGGAACGGCCUCUUUGACAGUUUUCACGAAGGCCAACAAUCCUUAGUCCAUCCGAACCCUAGCAGGCCUCUUCAUUUGAAAUUACGACAUUUCGAAUUUGCCGGAAAAGUUGUUGGCAAGUGUUUAUAUGAAAGCGCUUUAGGGGGUUCUUACAGACAGUUGGUUAGAGCACGAUUUACAAGGUCAUUUUUAGCCCAAGUGAUUGGUCUGAGGGUCCAUUAUAAGUAUUUUGAGCAAGACGAUCCUGACCUCUACCUGUCAAAAAUAAAAUAUUUGCUGGAUAAUAAUAUCGACGAUAUUGAAACAGAGCUUUAUUUCAUUGAAGAGGAAUAUGACGAUACGGGACAGUUAAUAAAAACAGUCGAGUUGAUACCAAAUGGUUGUCAAAUUAGAGUGACUGAUACCAGCAAGUUGCAGUAUUUGGACGCUUUAGCUCAGUACAAAUUAGCUACAAAAGUUAAGGACGAACUUGAGGCUUUUCUUAAAGGAUUGAACGAGUUGAUUCCCGACAAUCUUUUGAGCAUAUUUGACGAGAAUGAGUUGGAAGCCUUUCAGCUGCUGCUGUGCGGCACGGGCCAGUACAGCGCCGCCGACCUGCGCGCGCACCACGUACUCAACGGCGACUCCGUGGAGUUCCGCAGGGUGGUGGGCUGGUUCUGGGCCGCCGUGGGCAACUUCACGCAGGAGGAGCUGGCCAGGCUGCUGCAGUUUGUCACGGGGUGUUCGCAGCUGCCCGCGGGCGGUUUCGCGGAGCUGACGCCGAGGUUCCAGAUUACGGCUGCGCCUACGUUCGGCAAUUUACCGACUGCGCAUACGUGUUUCAAUCAGCUUUGCCUCCCAGACUACGAUUCAUACGAGCAAUUCGAGAAAGCGCUGCUUCUAGCGAUCAGCGAAGGAACCGAAGGGUUUGGAAUGGUAUAGCCUCUAGUUUUGGUUCCGUAUAUUUUAAUUAAACAUUUUAAACUAGACGCAACCAAUUUAGCCCUACGAUUUUUCAAACUGUUAUAAUCAAAACAAGCAUAUAUUAAUCUUAAACUUUUUAAAGACAUUUAGUUUUAUAGCAAUCUUGAUAAGUAAAUCCGAAGCUUUAAAAACAUUUAAGUAUAUUUAGAGUAAUUUAGCGUAAGAAUCACAGAACGUUUGGUUUUGCACAAGCAGCAAACGAAAAUGGUUAAUAGGAAGCAAAUAAAAUGAUUUUUUUCCACAGCAACUGUUAAAAUUGCCUUAUAUGUAUCAAAAAUAGUAGAUAAAAUAGUACUUUAACCGCCAGGGUAGAUUAAAUGCAAAAAAAGCAGUGCAAAGAAAUUUAACGACAUCUUCUGGGUUUAAAAUUUGUGACUUUUUCGAUUUGUAACCGCUACAUGACUGCUUCAAGAAAGUUAUGAGUUUGCUAUAUCUACAAAGUUUAGAUGUUACUAUACUACUACGGAAAUUUAAACGGUAUAGCUUAUCCUUAACCUUGAAAUAUCAAUGUUUUCAUUGACCAGUAUUGUACUUUUUAGCAUUGCAUAUCGCAAUAGUACGACCAUAAACUGGACGGUUGCAUUUUCUUUGAUUUUUCAGAAAAAUAUGCUAAAAGUAUGUUUUCACUUGAUCUUUCUUCUCGCACGUUUUUUAAUUGU